AUGAUAAACGAUCAAAAUUUUGCAGCAAAGGAUCUUCUUAAACAGUUAAAUGAUUAUCAUAAAUUAUUUCAAGUGUAUUCAGUUGAACCAAUUAUUGUUCAACAAUUAUUCAAACAAAUUUUUUAUAUAAUUGAUGCUCAAGCUCUACGUGGUUUACUCGUAACAAAAUUAUUAAGUUUAUACAAAUCAAUGGAUGAUUAUGAUGAUCAAGUAACACCAGCAUUAAUAAAACGAGCAUCUGAUUUAUUAAAACAACAAAGACUUGGUUCAACAAUUGAUCAAACAAAAAUUGAUUAUGAACAACAAGAAAAUUUUGAUCUUUCAUAUACAUUUCCACUUGUAUAUCCUUAUGUUUCAUCAACAGUUUCACUUGAUCAAUUGGAUAUACCUCAUGAACUUCAUCUUGAUUUUCUUUCACUUGUUUAA